AGCAAGGUGCAGUCGCUUGUUGCAGUAAAUUAGAAAUUGCAAGUAAAUGUAAAAAUCGGGUUUGAAACCGUUUUAAUUAUUUUAACAUUGUCCAUUGCUUUAAUUAUCAGUUUUCUGUGAAUAGUUUUUAUGAUCAUCUCGCAUAGACAUCGAGAGGUUAUGUUAUAUGAUAAAUGCAUAUGACGGAUGUCAACAUCGGUAUAUGUAAUAUAACCUCCUAAAAAAAAAGAUGGAUCUACUAUAUACUGUCAACAGGAAAACCUUCUCAAAAUCACAUGUAAAUCAUGAAAACUUAUACGAUGGGCAAUCUUUGUGUUCUCUGUCGAGUCGUAACAUAGCAGCAUUUACGACAACAACUGAACUCGACGACAGCAGUGGAAAGACAUGGGGUUCUCACGUCUAUGUGUGUGAUCUCAAUAUGCCUUGGCAUGUUCACAGGGUAUUAUCAAACAAAUAUAUAAUUACGGCCUUGGAAUGGGAUUUACCUGGAGAUAAACUAGUUGUAGCAGACGCAGCAGGUACUGUGCUACUAUGGAUGUUUAAAGAUCAUGUUCUUAAUGAUUGGGUAUUGAUCGGUUCUGCGAGUUUCCCUGGUGAACACAUCUUAGGAGCUGCUUGGUUCCACAAUGGCAAAAAGACUGGACUGGUUACAGAAAAGAAGGAUAGCAUUCAUUACAGUGAAAAAUUUAAUCACUUGCUGUUCGCCCCGUCGGUCAGACAAUUCGGAGGUCGAGCUGCUGAAGGAGUUUUAGUCGUAUCGACUACGGGCAUGGUUGGAGCAGUGUUGAUCAGUAGAGAUUUUCACAAUCCAGUCUGGUUCGCAACGGAGAGUUUGGGUAGCAUGCGACAUAGGAUCACUGCAGUCGACCUAUGUUACGGAAAAAAUGGUCAUUUCCUGGUAGCUGUUAGCAGUGGCAAUAUUUCACUACCGAUCAGAUGUUAUCGAGUGUUGGUCAGGAAAACCGAUGAAAAGUGCAGUAUAACUUCCCAGGCGCUGCCAAGUUUCUUCUUGCAAGACGGUGCACCUAAAGAUGUUUCUUGUACGAGCGUUACUCAUUUAAAGUUUGUCGUGCGCGAGGACGCCGAUUCAUUGGUGGUUGCAGCGAACAGUGAGAGUGGUGGAUUUGUCGAAAUUUGGGAACUAAGAGAAAAGUGCCAACCAGUGCACAAACUUUUCCAGCCAAAGACUUUGGAAUCCUUCAAAACAGUAGUUUGGCAGCAUCAAUCACAGUACCGAUGUCAGUCCCCGGUGACUGCAAUAGUGACGACAAAACUAUCGAUUGUGACUACUCUGCCACCGCCAAGCUAUGUUGUUGUAGCACUAGCAGAUUCUUCUGUACAUUGUUUAACUCGCGACUGUCUUAAAGAGGUUGCAUACUCAUCACUGAAUAUGUCCUGGCGUCAGGAUGAACCUAGUAGCAAGUAUUCAAAGUCCUCCAUAACGAUAUCACACAUUGACAUUUCUUGGUUAGGCUGCGUAUUGUUGGCUUGUGAUACUCAUGGAAGUUUGUACUUAUACAGAUUGCUGCCAGAAGGUGGUCCAUCGAUGACUUUAAGUUACGCUUGUACAUUACUCGAGUAUUGUUUGGUAACUGGGUUGGAUUGGUUAGAUCUCCUCCUUUGUCUAAGAUCAUCAAUGAUCGAAACCCUCUGUGAACGAUUGGAUGCAUCUUACAACAGACAGUCUCCACCAACUCAGCAAUAUCACUAUAUUCAAUUUCUCUGCAUAAAAACUUCAUUGUACAGAUUGUUAGCAAGUGGCCAAAACAAGGCAGCUGAUCUCGCCUCGUUGUUGAUGGUGCACUCCGUAGCAACAGCAUUCAAAUCUUUGCUGAGACCUUCCGAUCUCAUCUCUCAUGAUAAGGGACCAGCAGAAAGUUUAGCUGCGGUUAUCAACGAUGCGAUAACGGACGUCGACAAGGUGCUGCUACAUUUGGACCCAAAAGAAUUUACAGUCGAGCCCAGCACAUUGCAAUCGUUGCAACAAUUGAUCCAAUGGGUGGCCGAUCUGGCACUGAAUCUUUUGGCAAAGUUACCAGAGCAACGGAUGCAGAUGAAACCUGGUGGUUACGAACUCCUGAAGGAUCACAAGGCAUUAAACACAGUGAGAGAACUCCUGGUUAUCAUUCGUAUCUGGGGACUGCUGCGACCUUCUUGUCUGCCAGUUUUUCUACGCAGUGCUGACAACCUUGACGUAUUGGCACUGCUGUUCCAGUUACUCUCGAAACUUGUGCAACCGAAUGGAGAUACUCAGCAACAGCAAGUCGAUGACAGCUUAAUAGACGAAUGCUGCUUACUUCCCAACCAGAUAAUGAUACCUCAACUGCACCAGGCCAACAGUAUUACUUCGAUAGCGUCACCUGUACUCUUUUACCAGAGUCUUCCGCUUCAGUUAGAGUACGGCAUCGAACCAGAGCAGUUACUCUUCGUACCAGAAUUAAAUCCAGUCGAAGGGUGUAUGCACACCGGACAGAUAGUUGACACCAUUCGUCACUUGUAUCUGGGCAAACAACCACUUUACGUAAAACAGUGUACAAGAUGUGGAGGUAAAGCACAGGUGCAGAAUAUGACGCGAACAGCUGCAAUUCGAGCCUGGGACCAAAGAUGGACGCGUGCUUGCAGAUGCGGUGGUAUCUGGAGAAUCCACAAGAACUCCCAUUGAUGAACCAAUCGCUCCUACUAAACUAUUUAAAAAAAAUCGACCGAUAACGUGCGUCAUCACUGCCAAAAAUUCGAAGCGAAGCAAACCAGUUCGGGCUUCAAACUCGAGUUGCGCGUGCAUCGGUCUAGAGAAAAGAAAUCCGAACAACGUGAUGAACUCUUCAAAUAAUCUCUUUCAUUGCGUCUGUAAAUACACGAGCCGUUGUAAGAUAAAAGGAAGAGCCUGUAUUUAGCUGAGCCAGCGAUUAAACUAAUUUGUACCUAAUUAGGUA